CGGAAGUGCAGCAGGUGCUAUGGUGCUUAACAACCAGGACGCCAUCAGACCGAGAUAAAAUUAUGUGAUCCAUUUAUAUAACUUUCCCUUAGCGUGUCUUGUCUAUAUAUAUGUUUCGUUACAAACUAUGUCUACCCAAGAACACAAGUCUGAUGUAGAUCCUUUUAUGUGUACAUGUGGUCCCUGUCGGAAAUUCUGGAAAGAUAAUUUCAAUGAUGCCUCUGACUUGCUUCGUGAGUCCUCAUCAAGCAGGGCUCAGAACACAGCUCCUCUCUCCUGUAAAAACAGCAUUGUAAAAGUGGGAGACAGAGUCGAAGUUCAUGGCAAAUAUCCUGUGCAUGGAUGUCUUGAAACAGCAGGUACUGUGAAGUUUGUCGGGGUCAUUGAUGAUAACGCUAUAGCACCCAACCUGUACGUAGGAGUAAAGCUUGAUGACAAUGUAAAUUCUGUUCACAAUGGUUUGUACAAGGGUAAACGCUACUUCCACUGUACCCCAGGACAUGGGGCAAUGGUGAAGUACACGGAGGUCAAGCCCUUAAAGACCCCCAGUAAAACUCCCCCGGUCAAAAACAACUACAUGUUCCCGAGCUGGGACGAGGUCAAAAUGCGCCGGAAACAGAGGAACGAAAAGUUAGCUGAAAUUUAUGCCAAAGCAGGUGUAUCCCCCACUCCAUCCAUGUUUAGUGACAACUCCCAUAGAUCCAAAUCCGAGCCAGUGAUAAACAUUGGCGACCCUAAUGACAUUGCCAUAAGGGACCAGGAGCGACGGAGGAAAGCUGAGCUUCAAAAACAGAAGGUACAGGAAGAGGACUUUGAGAAAAACGAACUCCGCAGAAUACGUCAACAAUUCGGCACUGGACAGGAAGCCGAUCGCAUGGCACAGACAUUACUCAAACUACAACGAGCCUAUCAGGAGGGUCUCCAACUGACCAAUCGCAGAGGAACUCAUUUUGAAAUUAACAAUGCCGAUGAUGAUUACUGAGAGAUGUCAGCUUAAUAUCAAUAUUACAACCACUUAAUUACACUUCAAUAUUUUGACAUUUUAGGCUGAACAGAAAUGUUAAUUAAAAAAAAUUAUGACCAGUUUUGAAGUUGAUGAAGGGUAUAAAUUUCUUUUUUUUGAUAUUUUGUUGUAAAAUAAUCAUUAAAGGGUUAUGAACUGUGCUAUUUUGAACAAAAAUUGAUAGACGAGGGAGCUUAUUGAUAAAAAAUUGCAGUUUCGUAUCAGUUAGAAAGCAUCUGAGGACUUUGAUCAGUAUUAGUGCUGGCUAUAGCUAGUUUCAUGCAAUAAGCUGCAACCCAUUGUUGCUCUUGUAUUAUUGUUGAUUUUAUUAAUUUAUGAAGAGUGCAAUUGAUUAAUUAAAAGUGACUGAACGUUAAUCAUGCUUUUUGAACCUUGGAAAGAACAUUACCAAAGGAUUCAGUCAUGAAUGAAUCAUUCAGUUGUUGCAGCUGAAUUAAUAAUAUAUUAUUAAUAGUAAUAAUGAAUAAAAAAUCAGUAUCCAGGUAGUGUACAUAUCUGUAACAAAAUACAGGUAUAGAUGAAUAAGCUGCUUAAAGUUUCUGAGUUUUAAACUAAACCAUUUUAACAUUAACAAGGUGUGACUGUAUGCAAACAUUGAGAUAUUAAAGUGUGAGAUCUGAAUCUUGCAGGGAAAUAUAAUGGCCAGUUAUUUCUCUGUUUUACCUAAAUUCUCAUUAUGUAAUUGAAAGAAAAUAUUUGAAUGACAUGAUUAUGAAUUAAAAUAUGAACCCAUACAGAACACUUGAUGAAAAAUUUGGAGUGAUUGUAUUUUUUUACCACAUCGAUUUAAUCUUUUAGGCUUCCCCAUUGUUUUUUUUUUUCAAGCUUUAAAAUUUUCUUCUGUGGUGGGCACUUUUGAUAAAGCUAGUUGUUUCAAUGAAUCUUAAUUUAUUUCUUCUUUCAUUUUUUUAAAAUGUGCAGUAUAUAGGUAUUUUGAAUCUUGUGCAUCAAACAACAACACCCGCUGGAGAAAAAUAGACAAAUGGAAACUCAUGUCUUGCAAACUUUCUGUGAUACAAUUGUUGUUGAAGUAAACAUGUUAAAAAUGUAAAAGAGUCAAAAUAUUUUUGAUUGCCUUUUAAUAUAUUAUAAAAUGUAAAACCACAAAAAUAUGAAAUGUACACAUUUUUUCAAUUAAUUAUCUGUAUAUUUAUCAUAUCGGAUAACUUUCUAACAAAAAUGUCACAAUUUAUGUUACAAUUACGAUAUAGACAUGUACCAAAUCUCACAAUUCAUGUUUUGUGUAUUGACUAUACAUUCAAUGUAUGUUAUGACUUUUUGAGAUGUUUUUAAGUAUUAAAAUCUGCGCAUAUUGAGA